AUGGGUCCGCCUCCGCCACCGACAUCUCCUCCUCGCCGAGCGGGUCUUCGUAGCUCCAGUAGCUCAUACCCAUCUUCUGGUAACACUUCCCAGCCUCAAGCUCCUCCGAAAUUCGUUCCCGAGUUGACCGUGUUGGAAGGCUGUACGGUAUUUGUGGAUGUAUGGAUGAGCGACGGACAGGAUACAUCAUCACUUUAUAUUGAUAUUGCGAAGAAUCUGGGUGCUCGGGUUGUUAAGAGAAUUGGGCCACAGUGUACGCAUGUUGUGUAUACGUCUGGUCGUGAAAGGACUGUGGAGCAGUACUUUGCCCUGGACGAAGCAAAACGACCGAAAGCAGUAGGAGCAUCUUGGCUCAGAGACUGCAGACAAGCGGCUGCGCGUUUAGACGAAGAGCGUUACCUGGUCGACCUAGAGGAACAUAAACCCGAUCCGACAAGUAAUUUUUUCUCUCUGAAGGGCGAUAAGGAUAAACGACACAAAGUUCGUCUUGUUUGUUGA